CCCUUCUUUUAACAUUGUUCUUCUUUUCGUCAGAAAAAUGCAUCAAAGAGACCUUUAAAACCGGCACCGGGGACUUGUUUUCAAACUCAUAAAGCAGGCUUUUUACGAGUGGAUGGCUUCUGUUCAAUGCGAAUAGAAGAAGAAAUCUCAAGUCAGUAGCCCCGGAGUUUGAAUCUUGAUUAUGUCAAUGAAUAACAGCAUGUUAUGGCCGGUGAAAUUCACCGAGCACAGAAUUAUUACCAAAAAACUCACUAAAACCUCGAAUCUAAACCCCGAAAAUUCGUCCCGAAACCCGCAGAAAUCUAACGUCCACAGAAAUAUUCGGGUAACGGUAACUGACCCGGAUGCAACAGAUUCAUCCGGCGACGAAGAAGAUGAGGUUUUUGGAAGGCAGCGUGUUAAGAAAUACAUUCAAGAAAUCAGGAUCGAAAAAGCAAGCAAAACCCAUGUCAAUGGCAUUAGCAGUAAGCUUCAGGCCAAGCAGAAGCCACUGAAGGUGAAGGCGGCUGAUGGAGGUGCUAGGAAGUUCAGGGGCGUCCGGCAGCGGCCGUGGGGCAAAUGGGCAGCCGAGAUAAGGGACCCGGCCAGAAAAGUCCGGCUUUGGUUGGGUACUUAUGACACUGCUGAAGAAGCUGCUAUGGUGUAUGACAACGCUGCGAUUAAACUCCGGGGACCGGACGCUUUAACCAACUUCACAAAUCCAGCGGCCGUAGAGGAGAAGCCGGAGAAUACUGUGACUUCAGUUUCCAGCUACGAGUCUGAUAAAGAGUUACAUAAAAUUUCUUCUCCGACCUCCGUUCUUCGGUUCACAAGUACUCAAUCUAGCGAACAAUCUGCCUCCGACGAGUGCCCAGUUCUCGAUUCACUGGAUGUACAGAAUCAACAGAGUUACGAAUCCGGAUCCUGCAGUGACCCGGUUCAGGACCUUGAAGAACUUCACGGCGAUACAAGUAUAAUACCAGACAGUUCUAACGACUAUUUGCCAAUGGACACUCAAUUUUUGGAUAAUUUCUUCAAUUUCCAAACUCCAGACCAGACAUUUUUCGACUUUCCCAAUGAUUUUGAAAGUAUUAAUGAAAUUCCGGCUUAUGAUGACAACAGCUUUGGAUUCACUAGUUUUGGGGAUUUUAAGGAUUCAUUCAAAGAAAUCGACGAUUACUUCAACGAUUUGGGAGACUUUCCUUUUGCAGAUGCAUUAACGGCACAGUGAUAAAUCAGUCACGUUCUUACAUCGCCGCUUGCCGUUUCUUAUGGCAAAUUUUGUUCUCCGGCGAACGGAUAGUAUUAUCUUUUUUUGUAUGUGUUAAUGUUCGAGUAAAUUAAGGAGUUUUUGUUCCCUCUUUUUUUGUGUCUGUAGUAUCUCCAUUAAAGUAAAUGGAAAUUGAGUUUUGCUUAA